ACAGAAACUGAAAAUUCUUUUUGUCCUUUGACAUUUGUCUUGUCAUCGGAACUGUGAGGGGAGGUGGAUUUUUCCUGCCUAAGGACGUCCUUUUUCCUUUCAACCACAGGUAGCAUAUUCAGUGCAAUCUGCUUUCCUUCCUGAAAACAAAAAACGAAUUUUCCAAUUCUAAUGGAAUCGUGAAUACAACUCGGAUUACAACUGUGUAUGGCUAGCUACAAGUGAGCCACUCAAAGAAUCGAUUACCCCCGUCACCCAGUGUCAAUUGUGAGGUCCUUUUUCAGCUAGAAUCGGUUUAAAAAAAAUUAUACGAAAGGAAAAUGAGUGUAAUCGGGAAGAAAAUAAAUCCAAUACAAUCCGGCCAGGGACCGUUGGACACGUCUGCAUCGCCCGAAUGCAUCAUAACGCCAGACGAUGUUCUGCGACUCAAUAAAAUCACAGAUGAUUACUUAUGCACGCCGGACGCGAAUAUUUAUGAUAUUGAUUUUACCCGAUUCAAAAUUCGUGACCUAGAAAGUGGCGCCGUACUAUUUGAGAUUGCCAAGCCGCCGAGUGAACAGUAUCCGGAAAAUUCGGUGGAGGAAGCGACUCUGGCAACGGAAGAGCUCACCCUGGACGAACCAACUGAUCCGAACGCGGGACGCUACGUGCGAUAUCAAUUCACCCCACAAUUUUUGAAGCUGAAAACUGUUGGAGCGACUGUCGAGUUCACGGUCGGUACUAAACCAGUUAAUCGUUUUCGUAUGAUCGAACGUCACUUCUUUCGUGAUCGUCUACUUAAAACAUUCGAUUUUGAAUUUGGCUACUGCAUUCCUUAUUCAAAAAAUACAUGCGAGCACAUCUACGAAUUUCCAAACCUACCACCAGAUCUAAUUACUGAAAUGAUAGCAAACCCAUUUGAGACGCGCUCUGAUAGCUUCUAUUUCGUCGAAGAUCGCCUAGUGAUGCAUAAUAAAGCCGAUUAUGCAUAUGACGGAGGCCUGAUUCAUUAAAAUCAAUUGGGGAGAUCAUAGAGUAGAAGUGUCGGACGAGAAUGUAACAACUCAAACUCAAUAUCGGAAAGAAUUUUUCGAUUGAUUGAGUUAGGUUCAAAUCAAACACAAACCCUCAUCGAUGAGAUACUAAAAUAAUAAAAUGAUGAAUGAUGACUACUAAUUACAGGAAGACAAGAAAUUUAUUUUUAAAAUGAAAGCAAAAAUAAAUGAAAAUCACCUUUCUUGCCUUAUUGUAUCGAUCUGAUUUUCAAAGUUGUAUUCACUCAUUCUUAUUUUAGAUGUUACUGCAAUUGUCAUGAAUAUUUUUAAUCAUUUUUUAUUGUGAAGAUGUACUUGCGUGGCAACGUGUAUUUUACGAAAACACAACAUAGACGGCACAUUCCAGUUAAUAUUUUAUACAUUCGUUUUCUAUUCGCUUCAGUAUUAAUAUUUUUACCUUUUUAUCUUUCUAUUUAUUUUGCUAUUUACUGAGUCGAAUCGAGUCGUUGUAUUUUAGUUACAAAGAGUACGGUUCGGAUAGAAGUUAGUCACAAAUCAUGACAAGAAAAGUAAAUCGAAAAUAUUAAGUAAGAAACUGCUGUCAAGUUCCAUCCAAUUACUGUACGUAAUACAUUCUUUAGCAACUAAGAUAAAAUAUCUUACAAUUUUUUAUAUUCAAAAUAAAUGUCUAGUCAAAAUAAAAGUAAACUACGAUUGGAUAGAAAACUUUGUAAUUGAUGAUAUGCAAUCGCUUCCCCGAAGCGAUUACUCAGAACACAAGGGGAUAUCCUGUAUUGAAAUUGUAAUGUGCAUAUCGCCUAAAUAUGGAAGCAAAUCAAGAAAUUUAAAGCUAGCAUAUAUGUAAUUGUUACAAAUUGAACAUUCUAAUGCAUAAAAGUAACUAAAGCUUUGACGUUUAUAUGUCAUUUGAUUUUUCAAUCUGAGAUCAGAUCUGAUCAAAUUUUGCGCAUUUAUUACCUACCAAGGUUGCACAAAACCUAAUCCCACCUAGGACACAGUGGUAGAUAUUACUGGACGACCUUGCAUUUUGAUCGGAUCAACAGAUUUCAGUUUUAAAUAUUUUAAAUGCUUUCUAUCAUUCCAGUCUAGGCGUCUCUUGUUUAACAAAUUUGUGACUAACUCUUCGUCUUAGUCAUUAUUUUAACAUUACACUUUUGACGUAGUCAAAGUCUCACUAUUUUGCACUAUUAGUGCUCGUGUGUAACUGUUCUUUAAAAGAAAACAAAUUUUAUCGUUAUAUCUAUAUUUUUCCCAAAUACAAAAUGCUGCGACAAUGGGAGUUUCUUUUAUAUUUAUCAAACAAUUUUGAAUAUAAUUUCAAAUAGUAAAUACUAAAAAAAAACCAAAAGAAAUAAGAAGAAAUCUUAAUAAUUGUUAGGCGUAGCACAUUUGUUUGCAUAAGAUUUGUUAAAUGUAUUUAUUUGAAAUAUUUAAAGAAAAUAUAAUGCAAAAAUGAAUUGAUUUUUGUGAAGCUAAGAGGACCGCAUGUAGCUUAAAAUGACUAAGAAAUGCAGAGAUGAAAUGAAGAAAAAAUUACUGGUAAACUAAGAAACUUAGAUAUACAGACCAUCUCCUUCAUUUUCUCCUAUAAGACUAUUUUUUGUAAGCGUCCUAAAUCAUCAAAUAUACGACGAAAUAACUGACCAUUAACAUCUUGUCAGGUUACUAUAAUUUAUGUGUGAAAAGAAAAAUUUUCUCAAAAGAAAUUUGAAUAAUUUCAAUGCAAAAAGCACAUGACAUAGCAACACCCAGUUUUUAUCUGCAGAAUUUAUAUUUUUGAAAUGUUCUAAGUCGAAAAUCUAAAUCAAUUGCAAUAAACAAUGAUUGCAUAAAUAAAAACAUUCGUUUGUUUGUCGGCAUUUAUUUUUUACUUAUAGUGAAACUGAAAUGUUUAGGUUUUGAAAUUCAAGAAAUAUACAUCAAAUGUGAAAUGUGCUAUUUAUUAAAAAUAAAACAAAUUGUGACAAUGUUUGAACGUUAGGCACCAAAUAAAUGUUAUAGAAAUGCGUUUUCCGCCCUAAA